GCUAGAGAGGGGGUGCACGACAAGCCCAACCGCGCCUGCUGGGACUAAAAAUGAAUAGCCUCUUUCUUAAAUUCUUGUUGAAAAAGAAAGUCAGAUAGGGUUUAAGGGUUUUAUUAAGGGCAAACAAAUGGAGAAGAAUACGGGAAGUGAGACGAAGAAGAUUAAUGGAGGAGGGUUUAGGGCGAAAAUGGAGCAUGCCUUGUAUAGCGGCGAGAAGAAGUACGUCAUUGGUGGCAUCGCCAUCAUCGGCGUCAUCUUUGGUGUUCCCUGGUACUUCAUGACCCGAGGCUCCAAGCAACAAUCUCACCAAGAUUACCUGGAAAAAGCUGAUAAGGCACGGAGUGCGAGACUUUCAUCCUCAACCAAAUAAUGAAAAGAAUUACUUCAAUCAGGUUUCCGGUGCCAAUUCCUUCAGGCUUUUGAGUUAAAGUUAGAUGCGCGGUGUUCCCCAACGACUUAUAUAAAUGCCUCUUUUGGACAAUUUUGUGUAAUAUGAAGCUGUAUUGCAUACCGAACCAAAUCAUAAUCGAAAGACCUAUUUUGUGUC